AUGGGAAUCCGAGGUCUCACAGCAUCACUGAGGCCCUUUGCUGCAAGGUCAGAGUUGGCUGGCAGGAUUGUCAUUGACGGCCCAGCUCUCGCGUAUCACAUAUUGUUUGCUUGCCGCUUGGAGAGCCGGGUCUCGACUGUGCUCAAGGAUCCGUCGUAUUUUGCCCUUGGUUCAAAGGCAAUUCAAUGGCUCGACGACUUGCAGUCAGCGAUCUAUUUCGAUGGAUACCUACCAGCCUCCAAGAGCGUUGUGCGGCUCGACCGUGUGGUCGAGACCUCAACUGCAUCCAAUAAAUACUUCUUGUCCACAAGUUCUGGCAUUGCACUUGAUGGCGAUAGUGAGCCUGCGAUUCGCCAAGCAAACCCUCGAAUGCCCAUACCGGCUUUUAUAGUCCCAGCAAUCCUCGAUGCCUUGAGGACAUCAGGACGAUACAGCCAUCUCACUCAUCUUGUCCCGGGGGAGGCGGAUUGCUUCUGCGCAGAACAUGUUGGCCGCGAGGGCGGGACUCUUCUCACCUCAGACUCUGACCUUCUCUUGUAUGAUCUGGGCCAGGAUGGCAGAGUUGUGUUCUUUAAUGACAUCGAAAUCAACAAUGAAGAGGCCGCCCAGCUGGCAGCUCUAACAUACAGCCAGCACGCCAUAUGUGAGAAGUUGUCACUCGAAUCAGGCCAGCAAGGCAUGUUAUCGCUCGCGUUUGAGAUCAUGAUGGAUCCGUACCGGAAGGUUCCAUCUUGUGUAGCGCAGUCAAAAAAGAACCAUUCGGCCAACGCAUUCCCUGUCGACUAUGCGAACUUCAUCUCCGAGUACGUCAAGGGCCCCGAGUCCAUACUGGCAAUACCGAAAUACUUGAAGAUCCUGGACCCUAGGGUGUCAGAAUUCGUUCUGAGCUGGACAAGGGACGCGGAGGGUGGGAAUUCAGCCCUCGACAACGCUCCGAGAGACGGAUUGAUCUUCUACCUCCCUCUGCUUCUCGACCGAUGGGACCGUGAGAGUGCGUGGAGUCCAAGCAUGUGGAUACGACAGCUGGCGUACAGCCUGUGCGGAGAUACUCAAGGCACCAAGUCGAUGGUUUCGGAGUACCGGCGUACGAUGUCUCGCAAAUCUAAUGGACAAGCUGUCGAGUUAUUAAAUGACCACGAUGUGGCACAGACGGCCCGCGGGUUGGUGAGCUCAUUCAGUUCCCUCAUCGAUACAGCAGCGAUUCCUUCCUCUCUAGGGUGGGCAACCUUUUGCUUACAGCAAGAAAUCACACAUGCCUCGGAGCACGGGAAGGAGUCACUGGCACUGAAGCUCUGGCAAAAGGCGAGCAAGUCUAGAGGAAGGCUAGAUCCCGGAAGUUGGGAUACUGUCCACCUGGCGGCACAGAUCCAGGGGACACUCUACUCGCUACGAAUACUGCACCAAGUCUUGAGAUGCCAGAUAGGGCCCCUCGUCACAAGUGCUGGCCUGCAGCCACAAGUGGCCAAGUUGGUGGACUGCCUUUCCACACUACCAUCCUUCGCAGACUUCCUGAGCACCACAGAUGUCGCGGGUUUGUUUGUGCGACUACAGGAGGCCGGGGUGUUGGAUGUCCUGGCGGAGAUCACUGGCCAGCAGGCACACAUCUCAUUUGAGAAGACUGGAAGUAGGUCUAGGAGGAAGAAGAGACAGGCGGACAGGCUGGAGCAACGGAAGGCCAGGCCUCCGCCCUCUGCAAACCCCUUUGACGCACUGAGUUGA